AUGGAAUCGUCUGCGCGUCGGUGGCAAUCCAACGAAGCUCACACCCUUCUGCGCGUCUUUAACGCUUGGAAGAAUCGUGCGAUGCCCAAAGAGCUUCGUGACUACGACAUCUUGGAGGCACAGAACCUAGCUCUCAGUCUUGCCAUAAAGCGGUACGAGAACUACCGUCCCGUGGCAGGUUGUGUACCCUACUAUAUUCGCAGACAAGAUGUUGAAGAGGCUUACUUCCGCAAGUACUUGUGGCAGGGUCCUCGUCCUUCUUUCAGUGACGAAGUUUGGAAACGAGUCGAGGAUGCUUGGACUCGUGCGAACCAAGAAGCCUACAGCCUUUGCUAUGAUGACUUCGGAAGCUAUGUCCAAAAGCUGUUGCAUCCCAUCCUUGGCUACCCCGUGCAGGUCGUUUGGAAUUGGGCUUCACGUGCAGCGUGCAAGUUGGUUGACUUACGCAUCCGUGUCAGUGAGAACAGCCCCGCGCACAAAAUCACUUACGGCAUCGUCAAACGGGCAUUAUGGGAACAUCAUCGCUGUCUUGACUACGAUUCGCUUCACCUCGGGCAGUUCCACUCCGGCGACGAGACAAGAUGGGAGCGGUUUGAGCUACACGAGGGGGAUGCUACAAUCAUUGGUGAACUUCUUCAAGUUGAAAAUGUUCUUGAAGCCAAUUACUUUCCAGGACACCGGUGA